UCCGUAACAGGCCAGUCGGUGGAGCCACCACUGUAGAGAAGUCCCAGCGGAAACCACAGUAGUCGCCUACCAGUGCCAAAAAUCUCAUUCAUUCUUUAUUUGUUGGCGCCGGAUGAUUGUUAACAGACUCCACUUUAGCCCAAACAGGCCUUACAUCUCCUUUGGCCAAGAUAGGUGAUUGUUGCUUUGGCAAACUCGCACUUUGAUGAGUUGAUUGAUAGGUUGGCUUCAACAAGAUAACAGGGCCUCAAGGUACUGGACAUGAUCCGACCAGGUACUGCUGUAAAAGGCCACAUCAUCCCAAUAAACGGCACAGCCUACCAACUCGGACAGAACCUUGUUCAUUAAAAUAGCAGGGGCAUUACAUAACCCAAACAUAACCCAUAACAGAUUCGAAAACGAUCCCCCAGGUGUAAUAAAAGCAGAAAUUUCUCUGCGCCUUGCCGACAGUGGUUCACACUGACAAUGAUCCGUCUUACGAUCAAAGAGAUUUUUCAUCCUUUCUUGUGUAUUCCCAAGGUUCUUAAGAGCGGCGGCACAGAUACGAUGCAAACGACGCCGAAAGUCAACAACACAAUUUAGAACAUUGGCUGGAGGAUCAUCGGUGUCCCACUGGUCCCUGAGCACAGCUAAUGGACCACAAACUGCGUCCAUUCGGUGUAAACCCUGUGCUAUCUUGAACCACCGCACAUAUGGUAAGCAACAGCCAUGGCAAACCGUCUUCCCAAUCAUAUGAGAGCUCAGUACAGUAAGAGCACAACACUGACGCUCGUGAGCUCCCCGAGACUUUGGGUGAUGAGCACGAGAUUAUGCUCGACCUGAAGCUGCAUCACAGCUUGAAUAAAUGUGCGGUGACAUGGACUCACUCUGGUCACCCUGGUCAGUUCGUUACCUUACAAACGCCAAAGGUAGAUAUAAAGGGAGGUUAAAGCUUUCAGGACAGUUUUGGACUUAAUAGAGCGCAAAGGGAAACCUGCUUCUACACAUAAGAGUCGACAAAUACCGACCGUCAAUUAUAAGGUACUUAUGAAGGGUUUUCCCAUCACUGGAAUAGGAUACAAAGGUGCUGGCUUAAUCUUACGAUCGGGUUUCCCAGUCAGCUGACAUGUACGACAAAGUUUACAGUAUUUGGAGACGUUUUGUUUCAACUGAAGCCCAAAGAAAUGCUAGAGUACCCGCUCACAGAUCUCCCUUACCCCUAAGUGACCAGCAAAUUCCAUCAUGAGAAAUCAUCAACACCAGUUCCAUAAAUUUCCCAAAGUGCUCGUUCCCCAACACUUUGCUCUCUUAUCAGGUCUUUUCCUUAGAGUAAAUGGAUGCUACAUCCUUUCAAAGAUUGGAUUUGGGACCUGCCGUGUGAACGUAGCUUCAGAUUUCAAGAUUUCCAUGGGAACGCUGGCUGCUCGUUUAAAGAUUUAAAAAUAAUCUGCAUUCGCACUUUCUCGACUUCCGUCAGGAAACUGGAAUCGCUUCGCACUCUUCACACACCCUUUUCCUUGACUAAAGGCGAAACGUCAUUCGCAGUUGUCCGUGAAUUGCCGCAGGUGCUCAUCAGACGGCCGCAGCACCUAGCUGUUAAUCCUCUCCCGCUCUCUCCUGACGUCUUUACGUGCGUUCUGUGAGAGCCGCGAACACUUGUUCGAGGUAGGGGUUCAAUCACUUACAUCUGCUAAGCGUUUUUCCCAGCGCAUACCCCUUCCCCUCCCUUCCUUCCACCUCCCCUCCCUUUCCCCACGCCCACCAUCACUACUACGCCAUCCUCCUUAUCCAUCCUCAUUACCGCAUGGCCUUGAGCUCUGGAGCUGCUGAGCACCUGAGAGUAUAAAUACGAGCGCUUAGCUCGUUCAGGAAAAACACCGAGUCGAUCAGGGAGCAGGAGGAACAGAGCUUCUCUCAACAUCACAGUGAUGAAGAUGCGGUGUCUCUCCUGGCUCUCGGCUGCGCUCGCGCUGUGUGUGUGUGGAUCAGAGGUAGACGGACGGUGCUGGGACCUCGCCGACUGCAACGGCCUCGGCUCUCGGGACAAAAUAAUAGAGUGCAUCUGGCAGUGCAGGUUGAAGCAGCUGGUCAGUGACACUGAAAGCCUGCUCCUGAAUCAGCAGCGGGGCAGCGAGGAAGACGAGGAAGACGAGGAAGACGAGGAGGAGGAGGAGGACAGCUUGAGCCUCGGCAUACUGCUCUCAUCUCUGGCUCCAUCUGACGCCUCUCGCGAACAGCCGCCCAGCACCAGACCUCAGCGCAGCGAAGAAAGACCUCCGUACGCCAUGGAGCAUUUCCGCUGGGGGAAGCCCAUGAGCCGCAAGCGCCGGCCGGUCAAAGUGCACACGGCCGUCUCCACGGACGACGAAGGUCACGAGGAACCGUCCACGGAGACGUCUUUUCCCUCGCUGGACAGGCGUCAGCUUGAGAACGGCGAGGAGAGCGAGCAGAAGACGAACGCAAACGCAAAGAGUACCACAAAGUACCGCAUAACCCACUUCCGCUGGAGCGCACCCCCUGCCGCCAAACGCUACGGCGGCUUCAUGAAGCCCGGGUCCGAGCGAUCCCACAGGCCCCUGCUCACGCUGCUCCGCAACAUCAUCGCUAAAAACGGACAAUGAGCAGGAAGAGAUGUGAGGAGAGGAAACGUCGAGUCCUAACGCGUCAGAUCGUUCCUCGUCAUUGCCUUCUGUAGCUCACCAGGACUUCUUAAAUUAUCAGUGAUGUGAUGAUGACAAACAUCCACCUUCGGUGUCCGUCUCUCUCGUUUUCGAUAACGAGCUCUGACCUCCAGCAGGGAGGUUUACGUUAUUACUGUAGUCAACAUUCUUAUAACUCGGUUCUCCUGAGCCGAGCUGUAAAGAGCUUUCGUAUCACUCAGCACCUGUCCAUUCACCGAUGACGCUGUAAAUAUCAAAUAUUCAAAUAAACCUGCAAUGUUACAAGCAGCGCUGCAAAAUCAUUGGCGACACUUUACUAUAAAAAAGGUCCACGGAUAAACAUCCAUGUCCUACUACUCCUAAUGCUGAAAGCCGAAUGAUUUCAAUUAAACGAUUCAUUUAACUUUCACUUAAGCGCCCCAAGUUUCUUUUAAAGACCUGAUGAAACACUUCAAGAAAAUAAAAUCAUCAAAGAACAGGGGAAAAAAAAAAAAGACACCGAUACACUUAGAACCGCCCCCAAAUCUACAUACCACACCCAUUUCUCCUGGUAAAAUAGUUUCCUUCAAGUGCGUAUUGGAACCCGAUUGGCUGUUUCUAUUUUACGACGCAGCAACACUUACCCGUCGCGAUCGUAAUCGGAUUUUACGCCAGGAUUUUCACCACAUCACUGCAGUGACUAGUGUCAUUGUAAGGAACUCGGAUUCAUGCCCUUAAAAGGACGUGAUCGCAGAAUGACGUCAGUCUUUUCUCAUUUAAAAAUAAAAAAUAAAGAAGAGAUCAAAGAAAGAUGAGAAUAAAAAGAAGGGGGGAAAAACAAGGAAGAAAGGAGGAAACGAGGUCAGAGAAUGAAAGAACGAAUAGAAAAGGUAUAUAUAAAAAAAAAGGGUCGAAGAAAGAACAAAAGAGAUAAAAGAAAAAAGAAAGAAGAGAUAAAAAGAAAGAAAGAAGAGCAAAAAGAGACAGGUCAAAGAAAGAAGAGAUCAAACAAAGACAUGAGAGAAGGGAGAAAAAAAAGAUAUCGGAGAAAGAAAGAGAUGAAAAAAGAAAAAAAAAUAAUGGGAUCAAAGAAAGAGAUGAGUUCAAAGAGAUGGAUCAAAUAACGAGCUAAAAGAUAAAAGAGAUCAAAGAAAGAAGAGAUUAAAGUAAGAGAAAGAAGUGAGAAAAGAAAGAAAGGAGAUAAAAGACAAAAGGAAGGGAAAAAAGGACAGGAAGACAGGCCAAAGAAAAGGAAAGAAGGGAGAGAAGAGAUCAAAGAAUGAACAGAAGACUGACUUUGACCUGAAUGCGCACUCAAACUCAUUCCUGUGGAUUUAAUCAUUAACAAUUCUGUCUAUAUAUAUAUAUAUUUUUUAUUUUUUACAAUAUUAUUUUUCAAGGUGAUAAAAAAUGUUAGUUUAAAUCCGAAAGUCCACACACACACGCACAAUAUUUUACCGAACGCUGCUGUACACCGUGUCUCAGCUAGAAAUGAUCCGACAGUGGGGUUUUCAUGGAUGUGAUUGGAAGAAAACGAGGAAAUGAGCGUCGCUCGCGGUUCACGAGGAGUUCUCAUGAUGACGCGCAGGAAGACUUUCCUCGGCUUUUUAUUUGAAAUAAAUGAAGUCACCGCUCAUCACUGAACAGGUUUUAUUGACCAGCUGUAGUACUGACAUGUAAAAGCACAGUCUAUACGUGUACAAGCCCAGCCACGUGACACAGACAUGAGCUUCGUUUUCCAUCGGUAACAUUUACACGCCAACACGUACGCAGCACAUCCUUCCUGCGUUGCUUCGUCUCAGUGACGAGAAUAUUUUCAUACACUUCCCAGAAUUAUUACUCAACUUCCCGGGUUUACAGGAAUACCGUGACGCGAGCGAACGCUCGGUGAAGUUAUGGUGUGGUUAAGAAAACUCACAAUUUUAACAAAUAAAAAUAAAAAGAUAAGAACACUCAUCAGUGUGAAUAGCGGUGUAGUAAUAAUAAUAAUAAUAAUAAUAAUAAUAAUAAGUGUAAUCGAUUAAAAUGUCCACUCAAUGCAGUUUAUUUUAAGUCGACUUAAACCUAUGCAGCUUAAUUCGCGUUAUUAGGAAAUUUGAUUUAAAAUGCAAAAA